AUGGCUGCCGUUACUCCCAAUAGAUUUAAUCCGGGAGGCCUUAGGGGUGUGAGGAAACCUCCAACCACUGAAGAGUGGGAGAAAUUCUCCGAUUUUGAAAAGGAUCAGAAACGAGGGGAGGAAUGGAUGAAUCGCGUUUAUGGAUGGAACAUCAAUGCGGCCGCCGACACUUUGCCCAUUUCUAGAUGGAUCCCGGACAAGCUUUUAGGGAAGGGCAUUGCGGUCUUCAAGAAGGGGCGUACCGAGGACCAUGGUCAUAUUAUACGUUAUCAGAGAGUUGUUGUAAAACAAGCAUCCAGUGCUCAAGCAAAAGCAAGGCUACAAAAUGGUGCGUCCAUUCUCGAUCACGUACGAGAACCUCAUGGUCGCGAUGCCGAUCAUAUAAUUCUACCGACUAGGCCAUACGAAGAAGACGCGGGUACUGGUGCGGAUGAUAACUUCGAUCCUGCGUAUGUUUACGAGUUUGCCCCUGAAACAGUUGGAAGGACAUACACAACCUAUUAUGACCAAGGAAAUCUCAAUCAGUGGCUAGAGAACAAUUUUGCCGAACAAUAUCUUUCAGAGAAUGAUCUAUGGAGCGUUAUGGGUUGUAUGGCGAAGAUCUGUAUGAGACUAGAGCACGGUCAUACGGAAGAUGCAAAUCAUCGAGGCCGAGAACAAUAUCAAUCAGUUGUUCAUCUCGAUAUAAGACCGGAAAGUAUAUUUUGUAAAAUGGCUGUUAGCAGAGAGCAUGACAGUACUGGCACAAUGUUUUUACUUGGGAAAUUCGAAAAUGCAGCAGUAGUUCCCAGCGACCCUAUGGAUAAAAUUUGGAUGUUUCGUAUCCGAGGACGUGCUGAUCCAAAGUGGGCAACUCCGGAGCAAAAAUAUCCCGGCAUGGAGGGACGUAGCAUUGGUACACCUUGUAAUAUUUUUGGAAUAGGUGCGCUGCUAUAUUACAUGAUAACAGGAAGAGAACUCGGGGAAAGUGCUUGGAACAUCGGCAUCUCCGACUCGCCUACUGAUCAAGGGCUGAAGCUUCAUUUUGGUGCAGAUCUAAUAACAGAGCCUAUCGCAACACAACAGGAGUAUUCGAAAACGCUUAUUCGGACAAUUCUACAAUGCCUCUCAUAUCACCCCAGGGAUCGAAUUGAUGCAAAGGAACUCCAAGCAUUGAGUGGCAAGGCAUUGAACCUCGUUGACAGACAACGUUUGCCAGGAGAAGUGCGAUAUAAUCCGGGUGAUCCCGCCGUAAUUCUUGAACCACAGGAAGAAUUGCAACCUAAUGACUACACUCCCUCAGAUCUGAGCCUCAAGGUAUACAAGCCGCCCGCAGAUCAGCCUGAGACGUUGCGAGCCAGAGCAGAUAAAUGGCUUAAACGCUUCUUCCUAUUUCCCGACAGCGCGAAGAGUCAAGAAGCGAGAGAGAAACAACGAUUGGAAUAUGAGAGACAAGUCGAGAUGCAGAGACAAGCAGAGGCCGCAGAAGCAGCCAGAAAGCAGUUACUGAUUGAUAUUGAGGCUGCUGAAGCAGAGGAAAUCCGUCUUCAAAUUGAAGAGGAGGAAGAAGAAGACCGUAGAAUAGCCAAACAACGUGCAGAGAAGAGAGCUAAAAUAGCUGCGGAAAUGGCACGAAAGAGGGCAGCCGUUAGUGGUAAAGAGGGAGAACAGACACUACUACCUCAAAAUGUUCGUAAACGUGAUCGAUCUCCUGAGCCUGUUGAAGAGAGAAGCCGUAAAAGAGCCCGUUCUGCAUCACCUGUCAGAGCGAAUACCCCAGAAAUAGCUGCGGGUCACGAAGAUAGUGCUCAACCAAUGGAUGUUGAUAGCAAUAAAGACAAGAAUAUUCCACCACCGGGGGAUACGGACAAACCUUCUGGAGCUUCAAAAUCUCCAGUAAGAGCCCAGCCUUCCGAAUUUGAUUUGGAUCCAAACAUAGAUAUUGAAGAAGACCCGCGAAUACGCGGCGAUCCUUCUUUCCAAGUUAACUAUGCUGGCAUAAACACCACCGUAGAGAAACUUGACAAUGACCCCACUUUUUGGAAGGAUCGGGCUUGGUGGAAGGGUAAUCUCUUUGAGAAAGCGAAUCUUCCGCCAGAGGGCAAAGCCUUUUAUGAUUUGAUCCAUAGUACGCACGGGAAAAUACCACAAGCAUUUUCAUGGUCAGCUCAAGCAUUGGCAUUGCGGAAGAGGGCAAAGGAGAAUCAGGAACAAGACAAGAAGGAGAAACAAGAGAAAGAGAAACAAGAGAAGGAGAAACAAGAGAAGGAGAAACAAGAGAAGGAGAAACAAGAGAAGGAGAAACAAGAGAGGGAAAGACAAGAGAGGGAAGAGGCCAAAGCCAAAGAGGAAGAGGAAGCGAGUGAGAGGCGAGCCUUUUGGGACAGAAUAAUGGGGCGAGACAGUCAAAGAAAUCAACAAAAUAGGCAGGAUACGCGAGACCCUGAUGAAAUAAGGGCAGCUGAAGCCAAGAAGAAAAGACAGAAUCCACGACUCGAUUGGCGAAUUGCUGUUGAUACUGAAUACAAAAUUUUCUUCAACAAUAUGACAUAUCUUGCUCGAGAUCUUGAGUAUAUGUCAAAGCGAUUUCCGUGGGAAGAUUAUGCUUGGUGGGAAGGCGCUCUUAUGAAGAAGAAUGAACUUCCUCUUGCGGGCUGGCAAUAUUAUCGAGACUUGGAAGAACAGGGAAUAUACCUUGUGGCGCAUGGAGGAAGCGAUGAAGAAACAAGACAGGAGUUGCAAACGGUAUCGGAAAUGAUACGUAAAUUCGACGAAAAACAGGGCAAAAAAGAUGGACAUUUGGGUUUAAUUAAUCCUCCUCUUGGUGGCGCAGCGAGAGGCAUGUAUGAUGAUUACAAAUCGCCUGGUACUCGUAAAAGUCGGGACGUCUCGGCUGGUUUGGACAUGGCUGGGCCGGAAUAUUGGAGAGUUUACAAUAAAUCACAUAGUGAAGGCUAUGAUGAUCAAGAUUCCGAUGACUCUUUGCAGGAGGUAUCCCCUCCACCAGCAAAUGCUCGCUCUCGCACACCCCCUCGAGAACCUCGUUACAUGAUUGCGCCACAAGGACCAAAAGCACCAAAAGCACGAAAAGCACCAAAAUCAUCAAAAGCACCAAAAGCAUCAUCAGGUAAACCUACUGCGUGGUUCUGCCCGUACUGUAAUGAAAAAGAUGGUGGUUAUGUGCAAAAACAGUCAUGUGCAAGCCAUAUAGCAAACAAACACAAGACGAAAAGAGGAGGACCCAAGACCACCCCAUUUGUUCCUAAGGGUGCUGGUCGAAGAGCUGUUGCCCCCCCAGCGUAUUACCCUAGUUCUUAUUAUGAUGUCGAGGCUUAA